CAGAAGCAAUGUUGAAAAGCUCAUUCUUUUUGCUUCCUCGUUUUCCUUUAGCUUCUCCACCCCACAGGUAUGUGUAUAUGUCACCGCUUUAUUGCUUGUUUCCUCGACGGUCUUUCGGAAAUGGCCUCUCUCUCUCUGCUUCCAUGACGUACUAUUCUCCCCAGACCUCACUUAGUGGGAUUUCACGGGAACAAUUCAUUUUGCCAAAAUGAGCACAACAACUGCACUUCUGUCACCAAAAUUUGUUCCUGCUGAAAAGAGUGGAAUUACUUCAGUAAGUAAAUCAGAUGGUUUUAAGUUCAGUUUGGUAUCAUAUAACAUUUUGGCUCAGGCAUAUGUAAAGGCUGAUCUGUUUCCACACUCCCCAGGGCCUUGUCUCAAGUGGAAAGCCCGUUCACAGGCAAUCCUGACAGUUCUCAAGAGCCUCGGGGCCGAUUUCCUUUGCUUACAGGAAUUGGAUGAAUAUGAUAGCUUCUAUAAAAGAAAUAUAGAGAGUGCUGGCUAUUCAAGUAUCUACAUCAAAAGAAGUGGGCAGAAGCGUGAUGGAUGCGGGAUCUUUUAUAAGCAGGAUAGUGCAGAGUUGGUCAUUGAAGAGAAGAUAGAGUACAAUGAUCUUGUACCCUCAAAUCAAGACGAUUCUUCAUCUGAGGAUAAAGAGGAGAAUUUGCCUGCUGGUGGAAAUAAAAAGUCAGCGUCAAAAGAUGCCGGUUUGAAAAACAGGCAAGCAAAUCGUGGAGACCUAAAUGAUCCUUGUGUUAGAUUUAAACGUGACUGUGUGGGUAUUAUGGCAGCCUUUAGGCUGAAGGAUCCUUCUCAUCUUAUCAUUGUGGCCAACACUCACAUUUACUGGGAUCCAAAAUUGGCCGAUGUCAAACUUGCACAAGCUAGAUACUUGCUUUCACGCUUAGCUCAAUUCAAGUUACUAGUAUCAGACAAAUUUGAUUGCUCUCCUUCUGUGGUUGUUACUGGUGAUUUCAACUCACUUCCUGGGAGUCAGGUAUAUGAGUACCUUAUGUCAGGUUCCUCAGAGGCGGGAACUUUGCCCGAAAUCUCAGAUGAUGUGCCCAUUCCUUUGUGCAGUGCUUAUGCAAGUACUAGAGGAGAACCACACUUCACAAACUACACUCCUGGAUUUACUGGAACUCUAGAUUACAUACUGUUUUCUCCUUCUGGGGGUAUCAAACCAGUCAGCUACCUCGAACUUCCGGAGCCCGAAGCUUCGGAUGUUCAAGGUGGUCUACCAAAUUACUAUCAUCCUAGUGAUCAUCUCCCAAUUGGUGCUGAAUUUGAAAUAAUUCAGUAGCUAUGUUGUUACCAUUAUCAUUGACUUUUUUUUUUAU